AUCAAAGUAAAAAAAAAAUCAUAAAUAAAUAAACUGAAUUUAGCCAUACGUGGAACGAAGUAGAGGUUGUUUACUGUUGAGGUAUAUUUUGUCAUAUCUUCUUAGAACAUAUCCGGUAGUUGUGUGUCCAUUAAUUAUUGUAUUCAUACUUCAAAUCCGUGGUUGUUAGCUAGUCUUUACCCUUUAUCAAAGGGUCCUAUAUCAAAUCGAUACUAAAUCAUUAACUAUAUUUAUUAAUACCGUGUUCUUUAUUCAAAUUCUGAUAACUGAAUCAUUAAGAGAAUAAAUAUCACCAGUCAAUAAAUAUAUUGCACUAAUAAAAAUCAUUUCAGAUCUACUUUAAUCAUUCAGAUCUACACAUAAAUAAUAAAAAAACAAGAUGGCAAUAUCUCUAUCCAAUUUCACAAGCGAUCCCUUCGCUAUAGCAACCAUAUCUUUUGGAAUUCUUGCUUGGAUAGUCACUAUAGCUGGAGCUGGAGCUUCUCCAGAACAUUUUCCUCAUUUUGCUUGGUGGGGUAUAGUAUACCAAAUCAUACUUAUACUUUUGGUACUUCUUUUAUAUUUAAACAACAAUAUUGAAUUAUAUAAAUUCACUUUAGUCGGAUUAAUUUCCGUCGCUUUCAUCUAUACCACUAAUUCUACCAAUAGUUUAAUCUAUAACUCAAAUAAUAGUGGGAAUUUAGCUUGUGCCGCUGGAAACAUUCUUCUAUCAAUCUUGAAUUUAAUUUGGAUAGUUUAUUUUGGUGGUCACCCUGAAUCUCCAACCAAUCAAUUUAUUGAUUCUUUCAGUUUGAAAAAUAGUCAUUCUCAUGGUCAUAUUUCAAACUCAAGUCGUCGUCAUCAUAGUAUUAAAGAUGAUAUUGAUGAUGAAGAUCAAACAAAUGAUGAUUAUGCUCAAGGAUCUUCUCCCUUUAAUAAAUCACAUGAACUCAGAACAACUCAAUUACAAAAUACCAAUACUAAUUCUAACAAAUUUGUAUCUUCAUCUCAAUUAAAUGGUUUAGAAAACUUUUCAUCUUCUGAUGUUAAUCAUCAUCGAGAUUUAACCAAUAAUGGUUCUGGUAAUACUGAAAAGAGACAAACUGUUUAUAAUGAUCAAGGAAGUCAAUCUAAUUUAGCUUUAACAUUCAGAUAUAAGGCUAAGGCUUUAUAUAGUUAUGAUGCCAAUCCAGAUGAUAUCAAUGAAAUUUCCUUUGUUAAAGAUGAAAUCUUGGAAGUUGAUGAUAUUGAUGGUAAAUGGUGGCAAGCCAGAAGAUCUAAUGGACAAAUCGGUAUUUGUCCUUCAAAUUAUGUUAAAUUGAUAAAUUAAGUUGAAUAAACUGAGUUGAAUUGAAUUGAGUUGAAGUACCUAUAUGUUUCCUCUUGAUUUAUCUUUUAUUAUAUCUAAAUUCUGUUAUACCACUAGUCAUACCUGAUAUUUCUCAAUAGGUUAUGAGUGGUCAUAAUUAACACUAAAAUUAUUCUUUAUAUUACUAUUCCUUUUUACAAUUCUAUUCUUAGUUUAUACUUCAAUUUCAUGUACUUUUAUCACAUUUUAUGAAUAUAUUUACCUA